AUGAAACAAGUCCUCGACAAGAUGAAGUUGGUAUUGCUACUGUUGUGCCUGGUACUACACAGUGCUGUGUCUACCCCGACCCGAUAUGAGCCAAACUGGGAAUCCCUUGAUGCUCGACCUUUGCCAGAAUGGUAUGAUGAUGGAAAAAUUGGAAUCUUUAUUCACUGGGGAGUUUUCUCUGUCCCUGCAUAUGGAAGUGAAUGGUUCUGGUUUCAGUGGUUGGAUGAAAAGAGAUGGUACCUUCAAGAUUUUAUGAAAGAUAACUACGCGCCAAGUUUCACAUACCAAGACUUUGCUCCCAUGUUCCAUGCUGAGUUUUACGACCCAGACCAUUGGGCUGAUGUACUCCAAGCUUCAGGAGCAAGCCAUGUGGUGUUUGUAGCCAAGCAUCAUGAAGGUUACACAAACUGGCCCUCUAAAUUCUCAUUCAGCUGGAAUUCUGAAGAUGUUGGACCAAAGAAGGAUUUAGUUGGUUUGUUGGCAGACGCUGUACGUGCAAAAACCAAUCUCAAGUUUGGUCUCUACCAUUCCAUGUUUGAGUGGUACCAUCCUUUAUUUCUGCAAGAUCAAGCCAAUGGCUUCAAAACACAGGAUUUUGUCCAGGCCAAAACCAUGCCAGAACUUUAUGAGCUUGUAAACAAGUAUAAGCCAGAGAUUGUUUGGUCUGAUGGAGAAUGGUUGGCUACAGAUCAAUACUGGAACUCCACUGAGUUUAUUGCCUGGCUUUAUAAUGACAGUCCAGUGAAGGACACUGUGGUUGUAAAUGACAGAUGGGGAAACAACACUCGCUGCGCCCAUGGAGGAUUCUGGAAUUGCAAAGACCAUUAUGUCCCAAGUACACUUGUACCACACAAAUGGGAGAGUUGCUUGACUAUUGAUAGGAAGUCAUGGGGAUACCGAGCAGAUACUGUACUGGAAGAUGUUUACACAAUUGAAGAACUAAUAGAUGAGGUGAUCUUUACAAUCAGUCUUGGUGGAAACAUCUUGAUUAAUAUUGGCCCUACUUCUCGUGGAGAAAUUCCUCCUGUUUUCGAAGAAAGACUGCGCCAGCUUGGAAAAUGGUUGAAAGUCAACGGAGAAGCCAUAUACAAAACCCAUGUAUGGUCAAAUCAGUCAGAUAUUGUUGCUAAGGAUGUCAGGUACACAGCACGAACUGAAGGAAAUGCCACAACUGUGUAUGCAAUUCUGCCAGACUGGCCUGCCACUGGCAACAUAACCCUGGGUAGUCCUAUUGCCUCAGCCUCAACAAAUGUCUCUCUGGUUGGAUACCCUGGCAACUUCCAGUAUACAUCAUUAGGCUCAGGUGGAAUCACAGUGACCCUUCCACCAAUCCCUGUCAGCAGAAUGCCGUGUGAAUGGUCCUAUGUUCUUCGACUGGAAGGUCUUCAAAAUCAGAAAACAGAGCUGGAUGAAUCUGCAUAUUCAAAGAAUCUUCAGGCUUUAGAGAUGAGAAAAGACUUUCCUAUGCCCAAAGUUCCCUCAUUCAGAGUAGUGUAA